AUGCGGAGAAGAGUUCUCCUUUGCCUAGUCUCAUUAACUGUAGCUGUGAGUGCGCAGAGCCUGGUGCCAAAUCAUGUUAGUCUGAAUGAGAAGAGGAAGCACAUUGAGGUCGACUCAUCGUGGUUGGACAAGAAGCAGAAAGAAGUUCAGAGGGUAUCUCUCGACGCAUCUAACAAGGAAAAGGUUGUUCUGGAUCUAUUAAACACCCAGCAGAAAUUCAGCGCCUCUUCUUCCGGAAAUGUCGCUGCCGCCGAAACUUUCGACGGGAAGAGGGCUCAAGUGCAGAAGAUUGGAGAUAAGGGAGGAAUCGCUACAGUUGACGGGCACAAAGCUCAACUCCGCACAAAAACCGACGGCGAAGGUGAGCACGCAUUGCUCAAAGCUGAUGGAAAGUACGAGCUUGAUACUGUCGCAAAGGGAGAUCUUAAAGGAGAUCCAUCGAAAACCGAAUUUGAAGCCAACAACGAAAGGCUCAAUUUCAAGCUGAACCCACACGCUCAUAAUAAUAACACCGGAGAUGGAACUUUGUCGUUUUUGGAUAGAGAAAAGAACAAGAACGGAAAAUAUGCCUACACAAUCUCCCAAACCGGCAAGAAAACCGAUGCUACUCUCUCAGCUGACAACCUCGUCGGUACCGAUCUUGAGCAAUCGCUUUUCGGCAGAAGAAACAACAAAUAUCAUUGCACAGCAGAGACACCAGGAGUAUCCCAGUGUUAUGACGCCAAGGGACAUUCUGUUGGAAAGGUUGUUGCCGAUAAGAAUGGAAACACUGUAGUCUACAAUGAUAAGGAUGUGCCAAUUGGAACCGGAUCCGUCAAGCAAACCGGGCCGAAAUCCUAUGAAGCAGUUAUUUCCAAAAAUCUUUUCAUCGCAAAGUUGAAGGAUGUCAGGUCAGCACCAUGCUGUAAGGAGCUGACCGGUCAAGAAUGCACUCAGCCAAUUAAGCUAGCCAACCCAACAUUCAGCCAUCCAUCUCAACGAGAAGGGGACGGAACUGUUCACCUCACAUGGCCAGAUUGCUUUGAUAUGGGAAUUGAUGUCACUCUUCCACCAGGAGUUCAUAUUAAUAGGCUCGCCAUGAAGCUUGAUGUCUCCAUCCAACCAAUCGGAAAGCUCCGAUGCAUGGAUGUUGCCACCUGCGGUCGUGAAUGCUUCUACUGUGAUUGGUGCAAGGAAUCUCGAAAGCUGAAACUUUUGGAGAACACCGAGGGAAAUCUCUGCAGAGCCACCGGCGAACGUACAUACCGAUUAACUGUCAAGCUGUGCCCACCACCAGAGGAUCCAAACUUCACAAUGUGCACCGCAUUUUCUAAAUCUGUUUGGCAGAAAGACUAUUGGCAGAAGCAAGGAGCAGUAGAUGUCUGGAUGAAGUUCUACGAGCGUGGGCAAACUAGACCGGAGCUCGAGAAGGAAUUCUUCGCCCAAAUCGACAACCCGCUUCUGGGAAAAGCUUUCAAAUUUGCCAUCAUUGGAGAAUGGCUUGCUGCCAACUCACUUGACCAGGGAUCCUACACCCCAACCAACUCCGAACUCUUGGAAUACUGGGUCUCGAAGAGAGAUCCAGAUCGUCUACUUGCUUGCCAGCACGCUGUUGUCGAUUAUGACAUUGAGGGAGCUAAGGUCAAGACCAACUUGCUCUUUGAGGCAGCCACUACUGCAAACUCAAUUCCAAAUAUUUUGAAGGAUAAGAAGUGUGGAGCUUUUGAAAAACUUCAAGAAGAUAGAUUCCAAAAAGAAGCUGCCGAUUACAAAAGAACUUCCGGCGGCGGAAACUUUUUAUCCGGUCUCGGAGGCUUUUUGAAUACGGUCAGAGGUUGAUUUAAGAUACCUAAUUCAUAUUUAUUAUUUUCUACCAAUGUUGAUUGUCUUUCGACUUAAUUUAAAUUUGAUUGUUUGUAUAUAUUUUUUAUUUCUUUAUUACAAUAAAUUUUCUGAUCUCU